AUGCAAUCUUGAGCAAAGGAAACCCAUCCGCUGCACAGUCCACACAAGUCAUCCAUCUAUCCGGCCUUCUGGUGUGCAUCCACAGAUACAAAUUCAGUAUGCGCGCUUUUCUGAUGCUAUGCCUUCUGGCCGCGGCUCGAGGCCAGUACGACUACACUCCAGUGUCGCAUGCCGGUGACGGCCACGGUGGUCUGAUCGGCGGACCCAGCUCCUCCGGCUCUGCCCAGCUCUCGGAGCCCAUAGUGCCGGCCAGCGAGUUCACCAAGGAGUUCUUCACCUACAGUGCCCCGGAGCAGGAGUUCGACCCCGGCCACUCCAACGAACAGAUAGCCUCCUUGCUGAAGAAGAACCUCCGGGUGCUGUUCAUCAAGGGUCCCGAGAACAAGGGUCUGGAGCAGGCGGCGCUCCAGCUGGCCACCUCUGCGUCCGACGACCGCACCGCCAUUUACGUGCUCAACAAGCAGCCGGACAUCGGCGAGCUGAGUAGCAAGCUCAACCAGAUCAAGCAGCAGACCAGCCACCAGCCCGAGGUGCACUUCGUGAAGUACCGCACCCAGAGCGACGCGGAGAACGCCCAGCGCACCAUUCAGGCCCAGUACGACCUGCUGCCGGGUGUGUCCAGCAACCACAACGCCGGAUCGGGUCCAGUUCUGGACUUUGCCUCCAGGAGCACAUCCGCCGGGCAAGUCGAUGGCACUGCUCCCGGCGUGAUUGCACCAUCGUCAAGCGCUUACUUGCCACCUCCUAGCCGGAAGUUUUAGACGUAAGAGCAGCAGUAGAUGCAAUCCAUUUAAAAGUAGUUGUAAAUAAAAACAUAUCUAGUUAGCCAAAA